ACCGGGGACACCGGGCUGAGGGGGCCUAGUGGGAACAGAGGGGCCGUGGGAGUGUGGUAGUGGUCCUAGGGUGCAGCCUGGGAUGUGGGUGGAAGGGCAUGGACAGGCACGUGUCCGUGCUGGGGGGCAUCUGCUCAAAGCCCUGCUGUGGCUAGAGGUGGCCUCUGCAUGUGCCAUGGUCUUGGGAGCCCUGCAGCAGGCGGAUUCCCCACCAUAGUCCCUGUCUAGGCCCUCAACCCGUCAGGCAGCCCCACCUGAUAGGCCGCCCUCCUUAGCCAGAGGUGCCAGGAGGGGCUGGCUGGGCAGGGGCCAGACCCUCAGACAGACAGGGUGUGGACCAUUUUGGACAAGGGCCCAGAGGGGCUGAGUCACUGCUGUCCCCAGCCAGCUCAGAGGUAGGGGGUUCACUCCUGGCACUUCCAGGCCUGCCUCUUCUGUCUUCUCGUAGUUGGCUCCCCACCAAGCCCCCCACCUGGCCCAGGCUCUUCUGCCACCCUAGAAACAGAGUGCUUCCUAUCUCCACUGCCCCCUAGGCAGUGCCCUUCCCUCCAGUCCCCCAGCCUUGGAGUAACUGCUGCUAGAGCUGAGCAGGAGACCAAGGUGACACCGAGAGGGCCUCCUGUGGCAGGUGGACUCCCACCAAGCCUUCAGGCAAUGGCAGUGGUCCCUUGACAGGCUCCUUCUGUGUCACCGCUUCUUAUGGAAGGGGGUGGGGGCAGCUCCUGCUUUGGUCCCGGAGUCUCCGGGCUUAGACGAGCUAAUUGCCUGGCUCUUCCUGGACAGCCUCAUUGUCAGACCCAGUGUCCUGCACUGCUGCUUCUCCACGUGCCUCUGGGACAGUGUGGCCUCUGCCCCCCACUCUCCGUGCAACACAGUAACUCCUUCGGGCUCUGCUGCCAGCCUCCCCCCCCCAUUUCUGGGCCUGGCUUUCCCUCCUCUCUCCAGCUGUGUUUGGGCUGGGCCUGGGGUGCCUGCCUGCCCUUUGCCAGCUGCGGGGAGGGAAUCUGAGCCCCCAAGGCCUGGCGCCAGGGCCCCAAUCCUGACAGGGGUGGAGUAAGCCUCGGGGGCCAGGUGGGGGCCUGUCCCGGCUGUCAGCACUCAUGAUGGAUGAGGGGUGGGGCAGGGAGAAGGCCGGGCUCUGGAGUCCUGCCAUGGAAAGAGGUGGGGGGCUGGCCCCCUGGGGUCUGCCAACAGAGCCUCUGCCCCUCACAGCUGGGGGGUCUGGGUGAGAGACCCCACCCAGGAGAGGUGCUUAAAGGCCCAAAGGGUGAGUGCCCUCCCACUCCACUCGGCAUAAUGCGCACCUGGGCCUUCCCCGCAGCCCUUCUCCUGCUCUGCCUGGCUUCAGAAAGCCUACAAGGCGGUGAGGGGAGGGCAGGAAGCAGGCAGCUGAGAUUGGGGCUGGGAGGGCUAGGGACAGCACUGGGCCAAUGCUGGGGCUCUGGGUGUGUGAGUUCUGGGGGGCAGGAUUAUGGGGGGGUUCAGGGACAGAUGCCUGGGUCCUUCUCCCUCUCAAUCUCUGGGGUCCCCAUCCCGAGUCUGCGCCUCCUUGCUCCCCAGGACUACCUCCCUUGUCUCUGGGCCCAGGGAAAGGUAAGUGGUCCUUGUUGGCACUGGGGUCAAGGGAGAGGGCCUGGUUUCUCCCCUGCGGGUCCAGGAGAUCUCUGGGAGAGAGCCCCAGAUGUUCCCUACCUAGUUCUGGGAUCCCGAUGUGGGGCCCAGGAGAGCACAGGGUCCCUCCCUGUCUUCAUGGCAGACACUCUUGCCCGUGGUUAGCUCGAGUGUGGGGAGCAAAGACACCCCACACCUUUGGAACCAGGGUGAGGUACGGCAGCACAUCAAUGACAGGCAUGAGACAUCUCAGAGGAGGGGCUUGGAACUGGGUCUCCAAGGGGGUCAAGCUAGGACAGGGAAGAGUAAGGACAUCCUGGCAGUGAGAAGGGGCAAAGGCUGGGAGGUAGGGCGGAGGUGAGAAGACGAGGCUGGUGGCCAAGGGGCUGGGCAGGUAGGGGCAGAGUGUCGCAGAAGAGUCUUCAGUCCGGGGAUCUGUGGGGUCCUCAGGGUAGGAGAAGGGGCUCCAUCCUGAGACCUGAUGCACCAAAGCUAGCUGCAAGAGAGAAAGAUGAGGGGGUGGGGCACCAGGAAGGGAGGGGUCCAGAGACUCUCCAGAGUAGGAAUGGAGUGGGGAGGGGGGUGGUGGUCGUGCCCCUGCAGAAGGAGCAGGGGGAUCUGCCCCCAGGGGUCCAGCCCGAACACCUCCCCCCAAGCCCCUGCCUCCAGGCUGCUCACCUGGUGCUGUCCUCACCCCUCCUGUGACCGGAGAGGAAACUGAGGCCCAAAGGGGGUUACAUUCUUGCUUGCACAGCAGAAGGGGUAGCAUUCAUGUUCAGCCCUUUGCCCCCUCCUAAGUUAACCCCCUUCUCCGCAACCCACAGGCUUCAGGAUCCCCAAAGGCUACAGAUCAGGUAAAGCUGGCUGAGAGGAUGAGCAGGGUGGGAGCAGCUGUGUCCUCCGAAUGAGGGUGAGGAACCCCAGCUCCCAGCCCCUCCCGACCCUUCGGGCUCAACUUCCUGUCUUCAUCCCCAACCCCCCAGGCUAUGGCUUCCCCAGUGGCCUGGGAGCAGGUGAGAAAUGGACAAAUGGGAGUUGGGAGAAGCACCACCUCAAAAAUAUGUGGGGACAGUGCUGAUCCCACCCCGCCCCCAUCCCCAGAGAAGUGAACUGUGACCCUUUCAGGCUGGUCUCCUUUUCCUCCUGUACACACUCCCCUCCCACGUAGGAAUCCUGCUCUGAUGUCAUCUCACCUGUGUGCCCCACCCCGGACAUCCCCCAACUCUUUCCUGUCCCUGCUUGUUGUCUGUGCUGCUCCCACUGAGCCCCGUGCAGUGGGGGCAAGUCUGGCUCACUGCAUGUCCCCAGGGCCAACUGAGAGUGGGCUCCAAGGCCCCCUUCCCCGUUCACCAACGGGCCUCUACAUCUCUGGGGUGGGCAGAUAGGAGCUGAAUUCCCAUAGGCCUGCUGCUCAGAAGCAGCAGGGAGGGUCCUGGGCCCCUUACCUAGUCCCUGGAUCUCCCCUGGCUUCUGAGGGAAACCUGUCCAGCCCCAGCUCUGCCCCCCCUUUCUUUCACACCCUUUAUCUCCAUUUGUCCCCCCAGGAUUUGGGAACGGGAAUGGGCUGGGAGCCCAGCCAGGUGAGAUUAGCGGGUACUAGGGGUUGGUUCGGUUGGUUCUAUCUGCCUCCCUCCCAGGCCUUAGAGGGAAGGAUCAGAAUUUUUCAAUGACUGAGGCAGGCAGACAGGGAGCCUUCCAGUUUGCCAUUUCUGGUGUGGUCCAAGGGUCCUGUACCCCCUGUACCCUAGUGAGGACUCCAAACCUCCCCUGUUCAUCCCUCCCUCUCCCUGUGGGUCCUCUAGCUCUAACUGGCUACAGAACAGGUAGAGGUGGGCCCAGGGUCAUUGGGAGCUGGGGUCAGGAUUCUAGGUAUUCCAGAAAUGGGAUUUGAGACCCUUACUUGGGCCCCAUCUCCCUUUCAGGCACUGGAGGGGGUGUGAAGCCCCCGAAGCCAGGGUUUGGAAAUGGGCUGGCAAUGGGGACCUUCCCAGGUGCUGUCGCCCAGCCAGGUUAUGGAGGGGGUGUGAGACCCCAGAAGCCAGUAUAUGGAAAUGGACUGGGAGCCGGUUCCUUCCCAGGGCUGGGAGCCCAGCCAGGACUCGGCAAUGGGAAUGGUAUGGGACUCGGAGCCCAGCCAGGCUUUGGAGGGGGCGGAAAACCCCAGAAGCCAGGAUUCGGGAAUGGGAACGGGCUGGGAGGUGGCGCCUUCCCGGGAGUAGGAGCCCAACCAGGUCCUGCAACUCAAAAUGGCUACAGACCAGGUUUUGGAGGGGGUAUGAAGACCCAGAAACCAGGGCUCGGGAACAGCAACGGCUUGGGAGCCCAGCCAGGCCUAGUGACCCAGAAUGGAUACGGAGCAGGCUUUGGGGGGGCCAUGAAGCCCCAGAAACCAGGAUUUGGGAAUGGCGACGGGCUGGGAGGCCAGCCAGGCCCUGCGGUUCCCGUGGGCUACGGACCAGGCAUCGGUGAGGGCGGGAAGCUGCAGAAACCAGUUUACAGGAAUGGGCUGGGAGCCAGAGUCUUCCCAGGCCAAGGGGCCCAGCCAGGCCUGGGAAGGGGCAUGAGCCCUCUAAAGCCAGGCUUUACUCCCGGACUGCAGCUCCCAGCAGGAUAUGGCAACGGAAAUGGGGUGGGGGCCCAACCAGCACCGACUCCUGCCAUCCAGUGGGGGCUGAAACCUCAGAAAGCAGGAUACCAGCCCCUGAAUGGCUAUGGACUGGGAACAGAACUGGGCUUUGGUGGUGGCCUCAAGCCUCAGAAAGUUGAUUUUGCUUAUGGGAAUGGUCUGGGAGCUGGGGUCUUCCCUGAGGCCCACCUGCAGCCAGAGUUUCCCAGGACCAGUGGCUUUAGGAAUGGGUAUGGGGAGGAAGCACCAGUGUACCCCAAAGCAGCAGUUCCAGGCUCUGAAGGAAAUGGUCAGGCCAAGGCCCUAAGGGGCUCUUCUUGGCCCUUCAUGCAGCCUUGGGGGCUUGCCUUGAAGCCUGGAUAUGGGCCUGGAGGCACAUACCCAGGGGUCGGAAGCCAGCCAGCGACAUAUGGACAGCUAAGGCCAGAGCUGGGCCCUGGACCGUUUGGCAGCCCUCCAGUGAAGAGAGACAGCAGUGGCCCACUGGGAAAUGGCUAUGGAGGCCACUGUCCUCUUGGGAAAUGCUGAACACCGAGGCCCUUUCACUGCCCACCCUGACAGCCUCUCUACCACAGCCGUGUGUUGGGCGAGGAGGGCCAGAUCCUGGGGCUUGGCUUCUGGCCGGGGGUCUCCUGCGGGCUAAGAGUAUUAAUAAAGGUGGCAUGCUACCCUGUUGGCCUCUGUGUACUGUCCCGAGGUGGGGCAGGUCGGGGGUGGUUGCUGGUUGGUGUGCGGGCAGUCCAGGCCACCACUUCAUUCAUCUGUUCCACAAACGGGACAGCACUUUGUCACAGUGUCGUGGGGGACACAUCCAAGUUAGGGAGGGGACUGGUGCAUUCUUUAUGUCUACAUUUAUAACCAGCUUAUUAGUUAUUCAAGUAAAAAUCUUUCUCUCUUAAGCCUUCCACUUGCCUCCCAAUGUUAUUGCACUGAUCAAUUUUAUUAUUUGAUGUAAAACUCACUUUCACAUUCUCCGAAUCAUGUUCAGUUAGAUUAUGGGUUUAAGGGACACCUGGGUGGCUCAGUGGGUUAAAGCCUCUGCCUUCAGCUCAAGUCAUGAUCCCAGGAUCCUGGGAUUGAGCCCCACAUCGGGCUCUCUGCUCAUCAGGGAGCCUGCUUCCUCCUCUCGCUCUGCCUGUCUCUCUG